GGGGCACCAUUAGUGUCAGUGGGAGGAGUAGUGCCUCAUCAUUGGUAUCAGUGGGAGGAAUCAUGCCCCAUCAUUGGUGUCAGUGGGAGGAAUAGCACCCCAUCAUUGGAAUACCAUACUGAAAUACCAUACCAUAUUGAAAUCAAAUCUGAUGUUUUUUCAUUUUUAUUUGUGCAGGAGCAGCAGGUAAGUGUGCCGUGUAGAGGUGCUGCUGCAACCACAUAUGCUGGCUGCAGCAGCACCAUACUAGAACAGGGUCAGCAAGUGUCAUUUGUGUCAGUGGGAGGAAUAGUGCCCCAUCACUGAUACCAAUGAUGGAGCACUAUUCCUCUCACUGACACCAAUGAUGGGGCACUA